AACUCGAUGACAAUCCAUAACACAUUCUUAUAGUAGAGGGACCCGUGAUGAAAAUUUAGCCAAAAUAAAAUUUUGGGGUAAAAAAAGGUAGAAAAAAUCCCCAAGUUUCAAACACUGACCAGACCAUAUUGCAAUAGUUCCAAAUCUGAGAUCCCAGAGAUAGAGACAUGGAUCCGGAUUCAGUAAAAUCGACCCUGCAAACGUUAGCUUAUGGAAAUGUUAUGGCUGCUGCUGCUCGUAAUUAUCAAAAAGAAAUAUUAGCUCAAGAAAAGGCACAGACAUCAUCUUCUGUUAAUGAGGAGGUUGAUCUUGAUGACUUAAUGGAUGACCCUGAGCUGGAAAAGUUACAUGCCGAUAGGAUUGCGGCUCUUAAGAGAGAAGCUGAAAAACGACAAUCAUUGACGAAGAAAGGACAUGGAGAGUAUAGGGAGAUAACCGAAGGAGACUUUUUGGGUGAAGUUACUGGGAGUGAAAAGGUUAUUUGCCACUUCUACCAUCGUGAGUUCUAUCGCUGCAAGAUAAUGGACAAGCAUUUAAAGUCUCUUGCCCCUAAUUAUCUAGAUGCCAAGUUUAUCCGAGUAGAUGCGGAGAACUCCCCGUUCUUCGUCACCAAACUUGGAAUCAAGACGCUGCCAUGUGUAAUAUUAUUCAGAAAAGGAAUUGCCGGAGAUAGGCUGGUUGGGUUUCAAGAUCUGGGAGGAAAAGACGAUUUUAGCACAAGGAAGCUAGAAGCGUAUUUCAUAAAGAAAGGCAUAAUUGACGAGAAGAAAAAGAAAGAUGAUGAAGAAGCUGAAUAUGAUGAAAGUAGACGCAGGACUGUGAGAUUUUCUGCGAAUUAUGAUUCCGACUCUGAAUGAAAAAGAGUGGAUAGAGUAAAUUUUUGUGUUUUUUUUUUCUUUCUGAAUUAAUGAUGGUAAUAUAUGUAAUUUACCAAGAUUCCGUUCCUUGGAUUUAUGGAUACAUGCAACAUAUUGUAUCUUUUAUUAUUAGUAUCAAGUUUAACUUCUGAAA